CAUUACCGUGAAAAAAAUUAACCAAAAAAUUUUUAAACGCUUUGCCUUGUUGCUUUUGCAGGCGGACAACACGUAAUCGAGGCAAAUGCAAGAUUACAACGAAAAACUGAACGAUGUCUACGAUGAGCAGCUGGGCAGGCAUCUGGUGGCCAGCAUGAGCAUCGAGGCAGGCGAAACGCUGCUGGACGAGCGACCGUUGCUGGUGGCGCCGCAUUGGGAAUGCGGUCAGCUAAAGUGCGCCCAAUGCUUGCAGGAAUCGUAUGUUAUGUGCCGCAAGUGUCAGGUGUAUCCAUUAUGCAUGGAUUGCAGCGAACAUGAUGCGUUCGAGUGCGAAUUCUUUGCCAGCGGCGCGGGCAGUCGCAUUAGCAAGGAUUUGCUAGUUAAGAAUUAUGGCAUCUGUGCGCUGUUGAAGCUGCUCCUGCUGCUGGAGCAGCCGGAACAGCGUGCGCUGUGCCAGACGCUGUUGGACACACCAGUCAAAUUGGAGGACUAUCGCAAUGAGGAUGGCCUGUGGCAAGAGCGUGAUGAGCAGGUGGUGCGUCCGUUAAUUUCCAGCGGCCUGGUACAGGCAUUUCCCGACCAGCAACUGACAGCGGAAGUGCUGCACGCCCAUUGCAUACGCAUCGACAACAGCGCUUACGAGGUGACCGCCCGAGACGGGGACACACUGAAGGGCGUUUAUGUGCGCGGCGCCAGUUUGCCGCAUAGCUGUGUGCCCAACACGGUGGUGGCUCUCGACGAGCAGUUCAACAUGAAGCUAUAUGCUGCAGUGCCUCUAGAGAGUGGCGACAUCAUCUACACAUCCUACACGAAUCCACUGAUGGGCACUAGUCAGCGUCAGCACCAGCUGCGUCUGAGUCGGCAUAAGGAAUGCGCCUGUACGCGUUGCCUGGAUGCCACCGAGCUGAACACCCACAUGAGCAGCAUGAAGUGCAGAGACUGCCCCGAUGGCUAUGCCGUUUGCGAGCUGAGCGGCAGCGGCGAUUGGCGCUGCCUUAAUGCGAGCUGUGGCGCUGUCAUUCCAGCCACCGAGGUGCACGAGCUGCUGGCCGAGGUGGGCAGCGCCCUGGUUGAGGCCAGGGGCGAGCUAAGCGCCUAUGAGGCUCUACUCGAGCAGCACAAGCAGCUUCUACAUCCCAACCACUUUCUGUUGCUGGACAUUAAGCAGAAUAUUGCCAGCAUCUUGCGUGCGGCAGCUCUAAUGAAUUCCCUGAAUGAUCCCUGCAAGAAACUGCUGGCACGCCGCGUUGAGCUCUGUGGCGAUCUACUGCCCGUUUGUCGCGCUGUCGUGCCCGGUCUCUCCAAGCUUUAUGCCAUAGCGCUGUUCGAGUACUUGUUGGCCUUUGUGGAGCUAACCGAACUGCAGUUUGCCGAGGGCGAUGUUAACAAAAAGGAGUAUGUGGCGCAGCUCACACGUGCACGCUCGGUGGCCAAGGAAGCGCUGGAUUUGCUACAGUUUGAGCCGGAGAAUUCGGCGGAGGGUUUUUUAACCGACCGUAUUGGCGUGGAGCUGGAACGCAUUGAAUCCGAUUUGAUGAAAUAUGGAAAACUUUAAUGCGAAAUUGGAAUUUAUUUGUGUAAUACAACUAUACUGAAAUUCCUUGAGCGGAGUUGUCGUUUAGGCGAACAAUUUUUGUGUACUCCCUAUAUUUAUUCCAUACUUAUUCAAAUAUUUUUAUUAUAUUUUGUAGAAACCCCUUCGAGAAGAUUUAUAGAAAGAACAAUUCUCUAUUUUUUGCUUAACCAAAAAGUAAAUAUAUUCAGGCAUAAAUAUUUAUCUAUCAAUAACUGGUACAAAUUUGGGAUAGUACGAAAACAAAC